UCGUCUUCUUUGCAACUAGCUAGUUGACUCAUUUGAGGAAAUGGCUGAGUCGGAGCAGAAAGGAGGGAAGAGGGCAGCGGCAGCGGCUGCAGUGGUCAAAGUUCACAAGGCAGCCAUGGCUAUCAUCGAGACAGACAAGGAGAGGGUGCCAAAGAAGCCGCCCACCGUGCCAAGGCAGACCUACACCGGUAGAGGAGGGUAUGCAUGUGGCGUGUGCCAGCAGUCCUUCUACUCCCUCGUCCAUUUGGCCAAGCACAUGCAGUUUCACGACCGCGACCGGCCGUUCCCGUGCGUCACGUGCGGGAAGCGUUUCCUCAGCCGCAGUCACCACGCGGAGCAUCAGCGCGUCCACACGGGCGAGAGGCCUUUCCCCUGCGAUCGCUGUGAACGCUCUUUCACCACCCACCACAACCUGAAACGUCACCAGAUGAUCCACGACAAGGAGGAGAUGUUCCGCUGCCCUGUGUGCGGCGUUCUGUUCUGCCAGGAUCACAAUCUUAGCAAAAUCAUGGGUGCCAUUAAACUGCCAGACCCUUCUCUCUCACCACAACCAAAGGAAGAACCCACACAAGAGCCAAUUCAAGAGCCAGUGCAAGAGCCAAUAGAAGAGCCACUGCUGAAGCUCAAGGUCAAAUCUAAAUCCAAACACAAAGCUAAGAAGAAGAAGAAGAAGAAACACAAGCGACUCCAUUUAGAGGAAGGUUAUCUUUCCAUCGCCAAAAAGAAGAGAAAAACCAAGCACGGUAGCGAAUCUCAGGUCCUUGGGAGCACACCAGCACAGGAAAUGACAGUAAAGAAAGAAAAAUCGCCCGUUAUCCAGAAGAUUGCCUAUGACAUUGAGGUUGUCCUUUAG